CCUGCCGCGCGCGCGAAGUGCCUAGGAGAGGAAGCGCAGCGACGGAGCCGAGCUAAGCUCGGCCUUCCUCGACCGACCGUAGGCGCAGUCUCUCGUCAGUCUUUCCCGUUCCUAGACCCGCGAGAGCACGCUUUCGGGGUCGGAGCUAUCUUGGAGUGUGUCCACCCUCAGCUGUCCUCGGUCACCGAUCCGACGUCCCCGUUCUCGCUGUUCACGCGACCCUCGCGGUGCUGUGCACGGUGUCCACGAAGUGUUAACUUUGCGGGGGUGCAGUCGGUAUCGUCGCACGGACAACCGUAAACACUGAGACUAUUGUUUCCCCCCUUUUUUCCCUUCUCGUCGAUCGUCCACCCGGCGAGUGUCCCCCCAGUCACGAGAAACCUCGUCGAUUCGCGUGCACACGGUGACCAAGAGCUGACUCGAGUCGCGUCGCGCGACUUCGCGAAACGAGUCUAACGAGAAGCGUCAGAAGCAUGGUGGAUCAACAGCAGUCGGACCAGCAACAGGAAGCCGUGCCAAGCGUGGUGGAGUUGAACGUGGGCGGUGUAUUUUAUACCACCGCUCUGACCACCCUCACCCGCGAGGCGGACUCUCAUCUGGCCGCGUUGUUUUCGGGGAAAACGCCGGUAGAGAAGGACGCUAAGGGGAAGUACUUUCUGGACCGGGACGGGGUACUCUUCCGCUACGUUCUCGAUUUCCUGCGCAAUCAGGCGCUAGUCCUGCCGGAGGGCUUCCGAGAGAGGGAACGGUUGAAGCAGGAGGCGAAUUUCUACGGAUUGCCUGGAUUGGAGCGCGCUGUGUUGGAGAACGGCAAGUCGUCCGGGUCCCUGAGCUCUUCAGGGAAGAGGGCACCCGGUUACAUCACCGUCGGUUAUCGCGGCAGCUUCGCGUUCGGUCGCGAGGGUCUGCCCGAUGUUAAGUUUCGCAAGCUGUCCAGGAUCCUCGUGUGCGGUCGCGUGACUCUCUGCAGGGACGUCUUCGGGGAGACGUUGAACGAGAGUCGCGAUCCCGAUCACGGUACCUCGGAUCGUUACACCUCGAGAUUCUUCCUGAAGCACAGCUCUAUCGAGCAGGCGUUCGACAUGCUACAGGAGCAAGGAUUCAAGUUGGCCGGUAGCUGCGGUUCCGGCACCGCUGGCAGCAAUUCGGAGCAGCUGAAACCAGGCAUGGACUCCGAGGAGAAUCGUUGGAACCAUUACAACGAGUUCGUCUUUGUUCGCGAGUAAAUAGCGUUUUCUUGUUCUUCCUUGGUCUGAAUUAGCUGAAGGGAGUCGGGAUUGUCCGGAGCAGACGGAAUCGACGACGAAUAUCAUCCAGCGCCGAGCUUGGAAUUCUUUUGGAUUGUCCGUCGUCAACGACGACGACGUCGACGCGAGAUGUUGGCUUCCCGAAGAUUUUCCUUUCCGGACCGUUUACGCAUCCGGUAGACUAAAGAGUAGAUGAACUUUUCGUCGUUACAUGGACGUCGUGUAUGUAAUAUUAAAACUCAUCGAGCUGCUAGAGCGACAAUGUCACGCAUUCCUCUUUUAAAGUAUUCUUUGAUCGUUUCUUCCGCGUGAAGAAUAUCGUCGACGGAGACGCAACGUCGUCGUAGUUGGAACGAAGUUCCUCUCUUCUGGAUGAAGGCUUUGUUGAAAUUACCAGACCCGUAUCGUGCAUGUAUAGUUCAGCGGGGGAGUUGAACGUCGGUCGACGUAGUUGGAAAGAUGUAUCAAAGCCGAGUUCGUUUAACUUAAAACUGCGGGACGAAACGGUAAUUGGCUGUGGCUCAUAGACCAAAAGACGGAGGAAACUUCGAAGACGACGAGGAGAGCGAGAUCGAAUCGUCGAAUCGUUUUUGUUUUUUCUUAAAAAAAAAAAGAGCUUCGUUUUAACGCUCGAUGUUUGGCGAGAGUGCGAGAAUUUUAUUGUUCUGUGAAACGGAAUGCUACGAUGGUAGCAUUUGGGAACAAAGGAGAUUGGACAAUGGGAAGAGUUAGAGGGAUAUUGGAUCAUUGGGGUUCGGAGGCAGUUUGAAAGAAAGACCACUUUUUCGAAUUCAAAUGUACAGGGUGUCCUACUAGGAACGGUACAUCUAAUUAUUUUCUCUACUUCAAACAUAAUUUGAGUAGUUUCAAAGGAAGAAUAUGAGAUAACGAAAGAAUAUCUUUCAAAAAUUCAAAAUCACUGAUACCUUUUUAUACGAUACAUCUACUUUCUUUUUUUCUGUGCGUUGCAGAUAUUAAUAUGUAUUCGACCGUGUGUAGGGCCUCUAGGUUUCAGUGACGACAGGGAGCGAUUUGCGAAUGUACACAAUCAUGUUUAUUCAACGUAUUGCAGAUGCGUGCAUGGUCUGCUUACCAACAGAUUACUAAGGUAAUCUAUCAGUGUGCUGAUAAACGAUACUGAAAGCUAGAGGGAAAGUAGAGAAAGACGCAUACCAUUGAGGAUCUAUGCGGAAGAUAGCUAGGAUAAUUAGAGCUCGCACUGCAUUGUCGCCGCGGGUAAGAACCUUGAACAUCCAAUUUGAUUGAAAGUAAACUGAAACUAGUAACAAGCUCGUAUAAUACUCUGAUCUAGAGUUUCGUUACUUUUACGAAGUUCAAAGUCAGUUUACGGUAAUCUACUUGCGACGUGAAAAAAAUGGAAUAUUCUAUCUUUACGCGAACCAUUCAAGUUAUGUUUGAAACCUUAUUUCGUAUCGGGUCGAAAAACCCAAGCGAUUGGGUCCUUUUCUGCCAAGACACCUGGUGCCACUGGUCGCCGUUCGCGUUUGACCGUUCACUCGCUGGACACUCUAUUAUUCCCUUAUAAAUCAAAAGAACCAUCGUCUCGAAAACGCGAUCUCAACUUCAGUAUCGAGGAUCAAAGACUCGACGAUAUAAUAACCGGAAGAUCUGUUGCGACGUUUCGAAGAAAUCUUUCUCUGGCGUAGAAGAAAACUGGAGCCUUCCGAGGUGUUCUCCCCAAUUUGUCACUAGCGAGGAAUCUGUAGAAAACAUUAACGAGACCAAGUAGAGCGAAUCGAUAGCCCGACUCUUCCUGCGGCUCUAAAACAGACGGAAGUGUCUGGGAUCGACUGGGGUGUCCACCCAACGCUUCUCUUUCGACGUUCAUCCUCGUAAAUCCCAUCAACCGGUCGUGCCGGGAAGGAGGGGAAGACGAAUUCAAGAUUCAGCUUCAAACAACGUUGGUCGCCUGUUCGUGGUUGAGCUUGAUGUCGGACAGGUUGAAUGUGUUGUACAGGAACGAGCAUUGUGUGUACGUAUUGUGUAAACGUAAAUUGUGUGUACGUACAAGCCAGCGCGGUGUUAAACGCAUGUCGGCCGAUCCGAGCGACCGCGUAUGUCGACAACCUCUCCAAACGAUUCUUUGGUAGACUCUUAAAAGCGCAACUGGUCUGCGUGUCGCGUACACAAACCGGCGAUGUAAGUACGUGCACUAUAGUGAUGGGACUGGGACGCGUUUCCGUACUCCCGAUACGUCUGGGAUCGAGAUUGAUACGCUUUUAUUCGGAGGCGUUCCGAGGAAUGAAAUUUCGAAAGGCUCCGAGAAUCUUCGAACGAUCGAGACACCUGUUGUCGGUACGGACUUGUUUAAUUGUAUACAAAAUUCAUUCGAAGUUGAUGGGGAUAAUCAGGUUGAAUAUCAAACAUAAUUAUGAAUCAUGAUUCUAGUUUGAAUUUAAACUAGGAACAAAAUACAAAGUUAUAGUAUCGAUUUAAAAAAUGAAAACUCGUGGAAAUACACUGAACGAAUCUAAACAUGUUUGAACGAUGAUCUUAGAUAAAUAUUGAUUUGGAGGUAUUCCAUAUGCUCAAUUUCAACAGUAGACCAUUUUUCACGAAGAGUCUCGUUUUAAGACGAACAGGACCACCAGCGUCAGACUGUAAGGUCUGACCCAAUACGCUUCCAAAGGAAUAGCUCUACUGUCGAACUAAAGAGAAUGGCCCUAAGUGGAAAUCAGAUUCAGUGAUCUAAACCGCAUACACUCGUGACUAAUAGGAUUACUAUGAUGAAAAUUCAAUUCACAGAGGAAAAGAUGGAGUAUCCUCGCGUUGGAUGUGUAUUCCUUGCGAACAUUGCUCAGAGGCAAUGUAGUUCAGUACAGUGUCUUGUUGAGACCUCGAGGAACAUGAUGCUUAGGAAUUGAUUUGUAUUAAUGAGUGUGUCAGUGGAUCAGUCCCAUCACUAGUUGCGUUCGCAAUACCCUGAUGCAAUCACAUCACAGGGACAUUCGCUUUUGACGUUAUCGUGUCGCGCGUAGAAUUUCGUGUGUCAGACCUGGGCGAAUUUGGUUUGAAACGAAAAUACGACGUAACUAUUUGAAAUAAUAUUACACUCCUUUAUUCAUCGCAAAGUUCCACGGAAAUAACCGCAACACCGAUUUAUUUGAAAUAAUAGAGAUUCGAAACAGCGAAGUUAUUUCGUUAGUCGAAAUAACACUGUCGCUAUUUAGGCAACGAAUUAAUAAUUUCUCGAAAGAAAUAAUUUUUUAACGAACUCUAUAACAUCUCCAGCUUAGUUUUAGCCAUGUAACCCACAUAUUUGUAAUCCCCAUCAAACAUUACCAUAUUGCGAAUUUGAAAUUACAAAUAUCCAUGAUUGGAUCAUGCAUAUGCAAAAUUUCAGAGAUCGUAUAUUUGUUAUACUAAUUUCCUGUUUUCCUUGAGCGAAUCAUGCAUAUGCAAAAUACCAGUGAAUUAUAUCUGUUGUACUAAUUUCUUGUUUUCCUCGAACCAUUAUAGUAUCAUGGUUUUGACUACCCAGAGAGAUUUGUAAUUACAUCUAUUAACUUUGAGAACAUUUCCAGAGCGCAUUUGUUAUUUCUAAGAACGCAUUUCCUCAAUUGGAAUAGAAUAUUAUCGUUUCCAAAGCACUUUAGCGAAUGAAGUUAAAGAGCUUAACGUUAUCGUGUUUCAAAAGUGAAACGCAUCGAAAUCUCUUUUAAAAUAAUAUUAUUUCAAGCGACGUGCUUAUGGAAGUGCCCAGGUCUGUUUCAUCCUACACGCGUGGAGCGAAAAAAUUGUAUCGUGUAUCGUGUAUUCACCGUGAAAAGGUAGACGUAUCGCGUCUCUAGCCGCGCAGUAGCUCGUUCGACGUAUCGCAGCUUCUCGGCUGGAAAUCGCUAGACGUCCCGAAUCGUAUGAUCAAUACCAGCAUUUAAGUGCAAAGAUACAGCGUAAAGUUUUCGAAGAAAACAACGUUCGAGACGUCCGUCGAUACACCAUGCGAGGAAACGAGCUGAGCGAGGCUGCCGUCGGCGACGAGGCGACGGACGAACGCGAGGAUUUUUAGAACGGACGAGUCCUCGUCUUCGGUGAGAAGUGGACGAGACAUUUGUCAAACGUUGUCGUUUAUAGUUUAUCGCGACUCUGAUUAUCGUGGUACGUUUCAUUGGCUCGAUGCAGGGCUGGAUAAAUGCUGAGGUGUCUAGAAGCUGCUUAGAAUUUCUCAGAAGAUAUUCGGAGGCAAUCUGGCUCUGAUAUCUGAAUCGUAGGAGUACGGUAGGAUUGCCUGAAUUUGACGCUUCUUUAUUUUUUUGAAUUGUUGUAUUGAAUUUUAGUACACAGAGAAUGAAAAUCGACAGGAAUAUAAAAAUGUUAGAAAAUGUUCUUAAUAUUGAAUUGACUCAUUUCCUAAAAUAGAAGUGACAUUGUUGAUUUAGUUGUGUUUAACUAUAAAAUUAGCUUUCAUGAUAAAUCUAUAAAUUAAUAUUACGAGUAAGAUACUAAAACAGAAAAUAUUCGAUUUCAAUUACAUUCAUAUUUCUUCGACCUGUUGAAGAUAUUAUUAGAGAGCAGCUCAGGUUUUCGCAAGAUUUUGAUCCAGCCCUGGCUCGAUAUCGAGAGGUACACGCAGGUUUAGAUUUUUUAGUCGAGGAAUUAUCGUUUAAAAGAGACGGAGCACACGAUAGCAGUGUCUGUGAUGAAUCCAGCGCCGAGUAAUUUUGACGAACAAAUGAAAAGGUUCACUGGGAUCUCGGGAACGGUGUUACGCAGAUUUUCCUCUGGAUUUUGCCGAAGUGCGGGCAAUUUUUCAAGAUGAACGAGCGCGAUCGUGUCAGGGCUAAACAAAUGGUUCCUUUCAAGAAAAUUCAAAUACCUCCUAGAGCCACCCCCUGGGGAGAUCUCGUGUGUAUUUCACUCGAGUCAGAUACUUCUUGGCACGCUCUCUUUAUUUCGUGUUUUUAACCUACACAUACACAGUCGAAUUGAUAACGAUUCUCCCGUUGCACGACAAUCUUAUCAGCGACUUGCGUGGACCGCCGUGGAUUCUUUUCUUCCAGCGCGCUACCUCCCAUUAGAUCUCGAGUAGAAUUCUUUACGACGCGCUACGUCACUUGGAAUCUUGGAAAAAUUGCGAUAAAGUGUCGUCACGCUGAAACUUGAUCGCUUUUCGUUACGAAAAAUGGUGGCUCUCGGUAUUUUCUGGAACGCAGAAUUUAAUUUAUGGGUUAAAAUUUGUAUUAUGGAUUAAAAUUGUUCUACAGGGAGGUAAUUAAUCAAAGAUAUUUUGUGCUUGUUUCGAUCUUCAAAUAAAAUUAUGAAGUGUGACAGA